GUGAAACAGUUUCACAAUUCUUCUGAGGGUGAAUGGGAAGCAAACAAAACUCAUGGACGUAAUAAAGCUCUGCUGUUCCAUCUGUCUGGAUCUACUGAAGGAUCCGGUGACUAUCCCUGUGGACAAGCAGCACUGUAUGGACUGUAUUGAACAGCCACUGGGAUUGAAAGAGAAUCAGAAACAUGGAGAUCUCGUACUGCGCGUUCAUGGGAGAGAAGAACUUCCUGGCGCACAGAUCAGCGUGAUCUGCAUUCUCUGCGCCAUGGAUGAACAUAAAGGCAUGAACCGUCUUAGCCUAGAAAGAAGGAAGAGAAGGCAGAAGACAAGGAUCUGGAGCGGACGUCAUUACGGAGGUGGAGGGAGGAAUGAUUCGAGGGGGACAGAUACUGUACAAGACGUCAGCAGAAAGGAUAUGAUAAGUGGAUCGGAAAUGAACAAGUCUUGGUGCUUUGGAGUGGUUUUAAACAACAGUAUGGGUUCAGACAUAAAGGUAAACAUUUGUGAUUUCAGUCCCGGUCCUGCCAGAGUAGGAGUGUACCUGGAUCACAGUGCAGGCGUUAUGGCCUUCUACAGCGUCUCUGAAACCAUGACUCUCCUCCACAGAGUCCACACCACAUUCACUGAGCCUCUCUGUCCUGGGUUUGGUGUGUUUGCCUUCUUCGGUAACGGAUCUGCUGAGUUUUCAAAGCUUGAGUAGAAAGAAGGGGUUUGAUAACAGGUUUUGCAUUUAUUUGACCUGACUAUGUAUUAUAAUAUAAUUAGCAUUAGUUACAAAAUCUACAUGAAAGGCAGAGCAAAACCAAAUUGCACUUAUUGCAGCACUUUUUAUAUAAAUUGUUUAAAGUAGCCUUACUUUAAUGUAUGUUAACAAUUACACUUUCACUUUUAAUUGAUGUAACAUGUUUGUGACUAUGUUUUGUAUAUACACCUGGUUUAUGAU